AUGCAUCCUCUUGUCUCCUAUCCUAACAUCGACGUUCUGGUCGUUGGUGGCGGGAAUGCAGGCUUCUCCGCCGCCAUCGCUGCCGCCCAAGCUGGCGCCCGUCGUGUUGUUCUUGUUGAAAAAGCGCCAAAGGAAUGGGCUGGAGGAAACAGUUACUUCACAGCAGGCGCUUUCCGCACCACUCAUAAUGGCAUUGACGACCUAUUGCCCAUUGUCAACAAUGUUGACGCCGAGAUAGUAGAACUCAUCGACAUGAAGCCGUAUACCAAGGAUGAUUUCAGCAACGACAUGCAUCGUAUAUGCUCAGGCCGCUCGGAUGCCGCGCUGAGCCAGGCACUGAUCGACGAAUCCAACGAAGCUGUCAAGUGGCUUGCGAAAAACGGAAUCAGGUUCCAGCUCUCUUUCAAUCGCCAGGCGUACAAGGUCAAUGGCCGUUUGAAGUUUUGGGGCGGCCUAGCGCUCAUGACACAGGACGGUGGCAAAGGAUUGAUUGCGGAUCAUCAAGCCUGUGCGGCACGGAACAAUGUGGAGGUAUACUACUCCACGGCCGCCAAACGCAUCAUCACUUCUUCGUCAGGUGCCGUGACAGGAGUCAUGGUAGAAUGCGAGGGCGUAGAUACACUCGUUACGACCAAUGCCGUCAUUCUUGCAGCAGGAGGCUUUGAAGCGAAUCCGCGUAUGCGCUCCCAGUAUCUUGGCCCUAAUUGGGAUGUUGCACGUGUCCGUGGCACGCCUUUCAACACAGGCGAAAUGCUGGAAUUCGCGAUUCGCGAUGUCAAUGCCAAGCAAGCGGGCAAUUGGUCUGGCUGCCAUUCUACCUGCUGGGAUGCCAAUGCUCCUGCAAAUAGUGGCGAUCGCGACGUGUCGAAUGAGUUUACAAAGUCUGGAUACCCGCUUGGCCUAAUGAUCAACAUCAACGGUGAAAGGUUCGUCGAUGAAGGGGUUGACAUGCGUAACUACACCUACGCGAAGUUCGGACGGGCUAUUCACGAGCAGCCUGAAGGCGUAGCUUUCCAAGUCUGGGACCAACACGCGAUACCAUGGUUGCGCGACGAAGAGUAUAGAGACGAACGUGUUCAAAAGAUAUGGGGCGCUACUUUGGAAGUAUUGGCAGAGAAGCUCGCUGCGAAGUCGGGACUGAGCAAUCCUCAGCAGUUCGUUGCGACAAUCACUGAGUACAAUGAGGCAGUCUACGUGUCUCAAGCGGAAAACCUAAAUAAACAUUGGGAUCCAGCUGUCAAAGAUGGGGUUUCAACACAAUCUUCAACCAAGAAAUUAGCGCUGGCAAAGUCUAACUGGGCGCUUCCACUCGAUAAAGGCCCUUUUAUGGCCGUCAAAGUAUGCUGUGGAGUCACCUUUACGUUUGGCGGACUGGCCGUAAACCCUGAGAGUACUGCAGUCAUUUCCAACUCCGGCAGGGAGAUCGGUGGGUUGUUUUGUGUCGGUGAGAUGCUUGGAGGGUUAUUCUACAGCAAUUAUCCUGGAGGCAGUGGAUUGACUUCUGGCGCAGUAUUUGGUCGGAGAGCUGGAACUGCAGCGGCGAACAUAGUUAGUGCUCGUGUUGCGGCGGUGCCACCAGCUUUGUGA